AUACAGCUAUACUGAAGUUACUACGGCAGCUGCUGAACAAAGACUCAAUUGUCGUCUGCUAAAGAAAUAAGACCGGUCUAAAUAGCGAAUACAGAUUGCUACACGUGAGAAUCCUUCAGUUCUCCCACUGCUGUACGACAUUUCCUGUCCAGAGAAAUCCCAAGAUGCAAUCCUUGGUGAUAAAGAUGAUUUAUGAGCCACAGGGCAACGCGACUCCUGAGGUCCGACGUUUCCCUGUUCCCGAUAACGCCGCCCUUAGUUACACCUUCAUCAACGAGAAGGUGAUGCAAGUGUUUCCACACCUUGAUGCGGACACAUUCAAACUGUGCUGGACAGAUGAAGAUGGAGAUUCAAUAACUUUCUCCUCAGAGGAAGAGCUCAAAGAAGCUCUUAGCAGUGCCAAUGAUUCCGUUAUGAAAAUCGCCGUCAGAGAGCACGACGUGACAAACAGAGCCGAAGGAGUUACUUCCCUUGACGCUAAUACUUGGCGCAGAUCUCGUGUUUUUGAUAAAGGAGCAGACGCUGGAGGACACAGAAUGAUGGAGACGAAGGACGUUCAACCCCGUCACUUCAGACGUCUGAUGAGAAUGGCCAGGAAGAUCCCACAACAGGGACGGGAAGAUGAUGGCGACGUCGAUGCCAUGACAUCCCUUGCUGAUGGACAAGUCAGGGGAAACUACAGCAAUGCAGGCGGAUCCAGACGAGAGUUCUGUAGAAAUGGUCGCCGAUGGCAGUUGCAAGCAUCUUGUGGGCACAACGGUGCUGAAGCUUGCACUGUGACCGGCUGGCGUCAUCGUCGACGUCAGCACAUGUCAAACCCUACAGCCGAUGAAGAUACAGCUACGGAGCAGGUGACCCCAACGAAAGUCUGGGGGACGCGACGCCAGAGAGAACUGGGCGGGCUCUGUCAGCGUGAUGGGGCUGAAAGUGAUAGUACGUCUCCGGGGGCACGAUGGAGAAGGCGGGUGAUGCAAGAAGAACGUCCCUGCCCGCAGAAGGAGAAUGUUAAUGAUGGUACGUCUCCUUCGAAUUCCUGUGGGCAACGUUGGAGAAGGCGGGUGAUACAAAAAGAUGGUCGCCUCCAGCGUGAUGAGACUACCAGGAAAUGUGGAAGACCUUGGAUAAGGCGGAUGACGACAGGACUCGAGCAUCAGUGUAGUGAUACCAAAGAAGACGAUCUCUGUUUGAACCCACAUUGGAGAUCAAUGCAAGCAGGCCGGGCUUCAAGAUACGCCAGGGGUACUGAAAGUGUCACUAUGCCUCUCUGGUAUUAUGGAUGUCAUGGAGCCAGGAAAUCCUUCCCUGUUGGCUGCAGAGGAUUUCAAGCAUCCUGUAGUGAUCGCGCUGGUCAAGACGGACCAGGUAGACGCACCAUGGGCCACCAUGAGGUCAGUGGGAAAAGGUGGCGUCGUACAAAUGAGCCUUGUUUUGGAAGAUGGUCCAGGCGAGAUGAUAAAACUGAAGAUGAACAUUACACCAAUAGCCACUGCGCUGAUAACAGCUUUGCCAGCUGUCAGCGUCGUCGUGUUCGUUGCACGAGUGUCUCGGGAAACAUGCCUGGAUGUAAGCGUUCGAAUGAGGGAAGAUGUCUGAACAAACGUGACGUAAAGAAUCUCCAUAGAAUUGAGAGUUGUCCUAAACGUCGCGUGAGGUUUAGCAAUGAUGUGUCAGAGUCACUCGAUAAGAACACCAAUGACAGAGUGGAAACAACGCAUAGAAACAAAUGGCAGAGAGCAUUCGGACCCCACAUCAGACGAUGCAUACGUCGCCAGUGGAGGACGAUGGAGGGAAGAGCCAACAGGGAAACCACGGAAGAUGAAGCUUCAAACUGGGAGUUCAACAGGUUUCCCAGGAAGACCCUUUCAAUAUACCUCGGAAAUAACCGAAGGCAUGGGAUGCGUCGUCAAAUUAAUGAAGUGAUACCAAAUUGCAAUGAAGCGGGCUGUGACAUGCAGAGAGGCAAAAUGUGCAGGAGCCAUAGAAGAGGACCUACGUUCAGAAUUCAUCGUCUUCGUACUGUAAGACGCAUGCGUCGCUUGCGAUACCUUCAAGGCCUUAACAGAUUUCAUAAACACCCAUGUCCAAGAAUGCACGGACACAGAAGAAGACCUGUCUUGAAGACCUGCCGCCGUGGUCUUCGUCUUCAUCUGCGUGGAACUGGACCUAAAGUUGGAAGAAUAUAUGGAUUUGGAGGUAAAAGAGGUGCCUACCACAUUGGAAUGGGCCAGCAUCUGAGAGAGACAAUCAACCGUCAAGUUACAUCAUGUUAUGCUUCAAACCCUGACAAAUUUAACAUGGGUGAGAAUAGAACAAGCUGCAGAAAUAAUGAGAGGAAGAGUAUUCGUUGCGUCAUGGGCAGAUCCUGGGGUCGUCAAAUGGCUUGUCCUGGAGGGUUUGGCAGACGGGUGCACAUCUUCUCUGGAAAGGAUGAAGAGGGAUUGACCUGUCAGAUGAAGCACGCCUGUGACGGCCCUGAAGAUGUUGGGACACACACCCCUUUUAAGCUCACUUUCCAUGAAAUGAAGAGACUGUGUCUGAUGAGAAGAAUCCUUCAGAAGGAAAGAAAAAGGCAGUUCCGCAUAAGACAGCUAUUUGCCAGCCGCUGUGGACAAGGACAGUGGUCAAAAAGACCUGUGAUGAAGGCGUGGGGAGGCAAGGCAAGCACCUGUACCCACGGUGGCGAUAGGGUGUUGAGAAUGGCCUAUUUGUAAGGCACUUGCUAACUAUCCGUUGCAGAAUGUAGUUACAUACUAUGAAAUCCUUGUCGAUGACAGAUGAUUUCAGAUGCUGAGGAAUCUAUGGAAAGUUUAUGUUGUCCAUUAUUUACGGGUUUGGUUACUAUUUUAUAUGUUAUCCACUGCAUACGGUUUUGGUUACAUUAAAUAUAUAAUUUAUGUUGUCCAUUAUAUACGGGAUUGGUUAAGUUGUUUUCUUUCUGUACAGUAUGUGUGAAAAAUGUGAACUUGGUGCUACCAUGUAAUAUACCAAGGAACAUUUUGAAUAAGAGUUAUUUCGUCCCAUUUGUUUCCGCUAGUUUUACAUAUUAAUGAAAUUAUCUAACGUCUUGUCAUUAUGUGUUUCAUAUAAGUUAGUGAUUAUGAUAAUACAGAUGCAUAUGUGUCAAGAUAUUAUGUUUUUGA